UUUAAAGCCAUGGCACCAAAAUCUUUCUUCUUGUUCUUCUUAGCCCUUUUAUUGUGUAAUUAUACAAUUAAAAGCCAAACCAUUCCAAAAUUCACAUCAAUUCUUGUUUUUGGUGAUUCAACAGUUGAUACUGGAAAUAACAACUAUAUAUUCACUCUAUUUAAAGGCAAUCACCCACCCUAUGGAAAAGACUAUUAUAACCCUAUUCCAACAGGUAGAUUUUCAAAUGGAAAACUUGUACCAGAUAUAUUAGCAUUUUUAUUAAAGUUAAAAAAAUAUGGUGUGCCACCAUAUUUACAGCCAAAUUUAAUGGCUAAUGAUUUAAAAACUGGGGUUUGUUUUGCAUCAGCUGGUUCAGGAUAUGAUGAUUUAACAAGUUCAAUUUCUGGAGUAAUUCCAAUGAGAAAACAAUUGGAAUAUUUUAAAGAAUAUUUGGAGAAAUUGAAAGGGUAUUUUGAAGAAAAAGAAGCUGAAAAAAUAGUGAAAGGUGCUUUGGUUAUUGUUAGUUCAGGGAGUAAUGAUUUUAUUUUUAAUUUUUAUGAUAUUCCAACAAGAAGGGUUGAAUUUAACAUGAAUGAGUACCAAGAUUUUCUGCUAGACAAGCUGCAAUUUUUUGUCAAGGAACUUUAUGAACUUGGAUGUCAUAAAAUUAUAGUGAGUGGGCUGUCUCCAAUUGGUUGUCUUCCAAUUCAAAUGACAGCAAAAUCUCCACUUCAUAGAAUUUGCUUAGAAAAAGAGAAUUCAGAUUCUCAAUUCUAUAAUCAAAAGCUUGAGAAAUUGCUGCCAAAUUUACAAUCACAACUCCCAGGAAGCAAAAUCUUGUAUGCAGACAUCUACACUCCUAUAUCAGACCUCAUCAAUAAUCCACAAGAAUAUGGAUUUGAAGAAAUUAAAAAAGGUUGUUGUGGAACUGGAUUAUUAGAAGCAGGACCAUUGUGUACAACAAAAUCUCCUGUGUGUACAGAUACUUCACUAUAUAUUUUCUUUGACAGUAUUCAUCCGACUGAAUCAACUUAUUACCACAUUACUGAGUACUUAGUGAAGGAGCUUCUCCCAAAAUUCUCAACUGUUGGCAGCUUUUGA